ACUAAUCUAUUACUUAUUAAAAAUAAUAAAAUAAAAUAAUUAUACAUGAUCCCACCAAAUCAUCAUAAUAUAAAAUAAUAUGUGAAAAACUAACUACGAUUCACUACUUUAAAUUUCUAAGAUUUAAUGCUUUUUGAUUAGCAUGAAUUAAUUUGAAUUUGUGGUCUCUGUUAAUUUGACCAUUGCAAAUUCUGAUAAAAAUAAGAAAAAGGAAGUUAGGUUUCAACCAACAAUGAAUAAAGGAGCAAAUGUUGGAGGCGGCGGACCAACUGCUGCCGCGGCCGCCGCCGCAGCUCAAAAGCAGAAGAGCUUACUGCAGAGGGUGGAUGCUGAUAUUGGGAAUAUUGUUGACAAUUAUGGCUUCAUUGUUAACGCUGCACGGGUCAAUGAUCCACCAGUCCGAAAUUCGCAAGAAGCAUUUAUGAUGGAGAUGCGUGCAUCUAGGAUGGUCCACGCAGCUGAUUCACUGCUUAAGUUGGUGUCGGAGUUGAAACAAACAGCCAUGUUUUCAGGAUUUGCAUCUCUAAACGAUCAUGUGGAGCAGAGAACAGAAGAAUUUACCGAACAGGCUGAGAAAACAGAAUGCAUGUUAUCUAGAAUUGGAGAGGAGGCAGCUGCUAGCCUUAAGGAGCUUGAGUCACAUUAUUAUUCUUCUGCAGAAAGAACCAGUAGUCUGCCUUCUUACAGCCAAGAAACAAUGCCCUAACCAUGGUUUUUCCCUCUCUCUCCUCUUACUAAGUAUAUUUGUCUACCUUGAAGGUAGUAAUACAUACUAUGAGGUUACUGGACAAACAAUCUAAUGAUGAGAAAUCCAAUUUGGUCCCAACUUACUACUACAAGGCCUAAUUAACUCAGUAUUUGUUGUAACAAAUCAACUGCAUUCUAGCUAAGAAAAAUAUGAAACACCAAUUAUAGUGGAGGUACCAUACUUCCAAUUUUACUGCUAUUUUGAAGAUUUCA